AUGUACAAACGACAACAACGGAAAACUUCCAUUCUUUUAAUAAUUUCAUUUAUACUAAAACUAACGGUGUCAUUGGUUAUCGAAGAAUAUACGCCUAUUGCCAUAGGCAAUCAGCAAGAAAGUCAAAAGCAGCUGUGGUCCGCGAUAUUGAAACAAAUCGAUAUGGAAGCUUAUUUUGAGUAUGCUCUCAUAGUUGGUGAAAUACAACAGGAGUUUCUAUUGGUCUUACUCGAAGUUGAACUACAGAAAUAUAAACAAAAUAUUGAAACGUUUGUAAGAGAUUUGGGUGAUAAAUUGGAUUUAAAACGUUUUACACGUUUAAUAUUUGUGGAACAGCAGUUGACAGUAAAGGAAAGUGCAACCGAAAUGGAAUUAUUAUUACAAAUGUGUAAAUUGUAUAAAUUUCUUAAUGUCAUAGUGGUUUUGAAGGACUUUACCAACAACCAUAUAUAUUAUACCUAUAAUCCCUUUCCUUAUUUUGAAUUGGUGAAAAAUAUUUACCACAAUCAGUCCUUUAGUGGGAAACUAUUUCCCAGCAAAAUGAAUAAUGUAUAUGGCGAGGUAGUAAGAACUAUACCCGAUCAAAUAAUGCCCAGAUCUGUGGUGUAUACCGACGAAAAGGGUCAAUUGCGUGUCACCGGCUAUAUAGCACAAUUUAUACGCAUGUAUGCUAAAUACAUUAACUGUACCAUUAAAUAUCCCGAUAAUCUGGUAGCAGGAGAUGUUUUAUUUUAUCGUGAUUUUUUCAAUUGGACUAAAAUGGAUUUAUUGGAUAUACCCUGCAGUAUAACACCCAUGCCAGGUGAUAGCAAUAGCAAAUUAAUGUCAUAUAUGUAUGAGGUAUUAAGCUGGUGUCUAAUGAUGCCGGUGGAACAGCCACUUACCUAUCAGGAUUUUUUAAAAGAUAACUUAAAUAUCUAUACCAUAAUGGGUAUUAUAGUAAUGAACACUAUUUUCACCUUUCUACUAAUGACUUCCAAACGCUUAUUAAGCUUAAGUAGAAAACAACAAUUUUCUUGGAAUUUAGCCGAUAUCUUAGCGAAUUCUCAAGUUAUUUUGGGUCAUUUGGGUUCAUCUUUUUCUCUACAUCCUCAACCAGCUGUAUCGUUACGUAUUAUUUAUGUAUGUUUAUUUUUAUCGGGACUUCUAUAUACCACCACAUUUUCAGUACAGCUCAAUGCAUUUCUUACACAUCCCUCAGUCCAGCAAAUAAAAUCCCUGGAUGAUAUGCUCAAACACAAACGUAAAAUUCUAGCUGCCCAAAAUGAAUAUAAAACACUACUUAAACUAUCAGGUAAGACAUUUCUACCCUAUCAAUCCCUUUUUCACAUAAUCGAUUCCUAUAAAGAAUUUUCGGAAAUACGUGGUUCCUUUAAUACCGCCUAUUCUUAUCCCGUUACUUCUUCUGUCUGGCAUGUCUACCAGACACAACAGCAGCUUUUCUCUAAACCUCUCUUCCGUCGCACAAAUCUUUGUUUCGUUAAUUUAGAUAUAAUGGGUUUUAUAUUACCUCCAAAUUCUUUGCAUAAACUUAAACUAGAUACGCUCAUAACUAGAGUACGUGAUAUGGGUUUUGUUCAGCAUUGGUUGCAAAAUAAUUUCUAUGAUUUAGUUAGUAUUGGAAAAAUGAGUUUAUCCGAUAUAUCCGUAAAUGCUGAACGUAUUUCUUAUAUACAAACAAAAGAUUUCUAUUAUGUUUUAUUUACAAUGUUUAAGGCGUUUGGUGUUAGUUUAGUGAUAUUUUUAAUAGAAAUUUUUUGGUUUUAUCGUUAUUCUAUAUUAAGAGUAUUGUAUUUUAAACCUAUGAUUAUAUGA